AUGUCCUCCACGUCUUCCUCUCACCAAGCACCGUCGGACGAUAACGACACCGAUGCCACGCCCUAUGCCUCCAACAUAGCUUUCUUAAGCCUCAAGUACGCCCCGGGCAAGAGGUGCAUUUGCUUCAAACAGACCAAAUUCGAGCUCGCCUCCUCCCUCUGUCCUCAGCAUGGAUACCACGACUCCAAAAGCAAGAUAAAGAAACGGAGGAGCUUAUGUGUUGCCGGCGAUUCAAGGAAGAGAAAGGAGAGUGAUAUACAAGACCGCGACUAUGCGCCUCCUGGAAGGAGGAUAACAGGAAAUGCGACAGAGCUGCAACCCCGGACGUCUCCAAAUUCAUGGUCUAUUCGACACUUACAUCGCGCCAACAACGCCGCGGCAACCGUCACGCGGGGCUUCAUUGCAGAACUGCGUUUCGUGAAUGACUAUCUUGGUCAAAUUCUGGCCACUGGCAGUGCUUCGGGCCCCUACAUACGCUCCUUUCAAUUCUCUGAAUGCCCACCUCUAACCCGAAUUGAUUUCCUUGAAUGGCCGCUCAGUGCUCGAAUGACUAUCUACCGCUACUUCCUGGUAGCGGCCAAAGCAGCAGUCAUCUUCCCGGGUAAAAACAGCGAGAAGACAUUCCGCCAGCUAAACAAAAGACUGGAUACGAGGAUCCUCUACACGAAUAGUCAAGUGUAUAGCGAAGCCAGAUCCGUGCUCUACGGUGAGAACAACUUCAUCGCCGCAGAACCUACAGAUUUCUUCCGUCCCACUGGCAUUCAAGGUCUUCGGGCCAGCACAGCUAAAAAGAUAAAGCAUGUCUCCUUUUUAACCAAAGGCACUGGUCCGCAGGUAAGCGGCGUCGGCAGCAAAUCACUAUCGACGUCCAUCAAAUCAACGAUUCUCCAAUGCCCGGCAUUUCUCAAGCUCGACACUCUCACGAUCCGAUUUGAAGUUUUCCGUCCUGUCUUCGUGAGCAUGUAUACGCUACAACAAUAUGCUGAAACUCACGGUCUCGACGGAAAUAUCGUGUCGGCGUACAACAAGACUGAUAUAGUCAUGAAUGCGGCGGCAACGGUGGCUUAUCAGGCGCUGAGGAGAAAAUCACCAUUCCAAGGGUUAAGGGAGAUUGAAAAUCGCUUCGAGAGUGCCCGUGUACCGAAGAAAGAACCGUGUCUUAAACACGUGAUUGAGGUGUGUCUGUUCAGAACCAGUGAAUCCACAGACGAGUACCGGGAGCAGAGCCAGGCGCUGCGUGAAGCGAUUUUGGACAUGCUGUUUGAGGAGAUGGAAAGAGACGUGCAAGGGGCGGAUGAAAGGUUCCGAGACUUUGUGAGGCGGUAUCCGGAGUGA